ACACCAGCCAGGAGGCCUUGUGUCCGGCCCUCUACUGUCCUCCAUCUUUCUUGUCCGAUUGGCUCGUCAUGGUAAACUCUGAAACCUGAUGCGCUCGAUUAGCUUGCGUCUUAGCACAUGGAUAACAAUAGUUGUACGAAGAAACAAGUCUGUUGGGCGAUCUGUGCGGAAAGUGCUGCUCUUGCGCCUUUCUUGGGCUGCCGAAGCUUAUUGUUACGACCGAGACUCAGUUGGUGACUGACGCAGCCUGGAGCGACCCCUGACGCGAACAACAGGGCGAGGAGACUGGUUGAUUGAUCUUAAACAUAUUAGGCAGAUGUCGCUUUUGGCCGCAGCAUGUCCGACGGAACUUUCCAUUUCCCCAUAUUUCUCCUCCCCUCCCCGCCGUAUCCCUCAGCAACAGCCCCCUCACGUGUUGCCUACCUCAAUUUCUUCCAUCCCUCUCCACUUCGUACUUUAAGCUGGUCCUUCUUCAUCGGUUUAUCGGAUUACCGUCGUUAUCGUCUAUCACUACUUCACCACUACGCAACUAUCUAAGGUUACUGAUUUAUUCUCGUUUAUCAGGUAUUCUUAUCCUUGCAUGUCCCCUCAUGCCAGAUACCCCUUCCUUUGUAUGUACUCGGCGCCAGCGACCUUGGAGUUCUACUAUCUCGGGGUCUUACCGGACUUGCGUCGAUUACAGAGCAAAGGAAGCUACUCGCAAGGCUCAGAAAAGACACUCCCACUCUACCCAAUUCAGAAGGCCAAGUCUCUCUAUUCGCAGAACUCAGUCUAUCGCUCGCCGUUCCAGUUCUGUCACUACCUCUGUGAGCAAUGAAGGCCCAUUAGCUUGCUCCACCUGUAGAAGACUUUGGAUUUCAGUGCGGUUUCGGACUUGUGACGACUGUCGAGUUCGCCUCGCGUCUCGACUUCCCAGUUGGUUUGCCAUUUUCGGUGCGACUGCUUGUGUGACCAGGCCUUCACUGUAGACCGUUGAUACAGUAUCGUCGCCCAUGUAUGACUUGCUGGACUUCUGUGUAGUUUU